UUAGAAGUCGGAUGUGUAUGCUGCGGCUCUUGGUCACUAAGGGGAGUGCGAGAGUCACAGAGAGAGUGCAGCAGCUGGCGCAUUCAACACUGCAGAGGGCAUCUGUGCACAGCUCACCUCUGGCUCCAUCCACUGCAUCACAGGGCUGCUCCUCGCCUACCCCACCCCACCCCACCCACCCCCGCUCGGCAUCCUGUAACUGUCUCCAGAGCGCUGAGCAGCGGCACAUCACCAGCAACACUUGGGGUUUUCAUUUUUGGAGGGUUUCUUUACCGUCACUACUGAGGGAUUCCGAAGGUGGAUAACAUGCUUUCACAAACUUACUUGAAGCUGACUUUGUGGGUACCUCUGACUUUGCCCUACGUCAUCGCAUUUAAUUUAUAUGUUGAAGAGCCCACGAUCUACAGUGGUCCUAAGGAUAGCUACUUUGGUUAUUCGGUUGAUUUCUACUUACCUGACCAAAGAAUAGCAAGUAUCUUGGUAGGGGCUCCAAAAGCCAACACAAGCCAGCGUAGGGUAGUGGAAGGAGGAGCAGUGUAUUAUUGCCCCUGGCCAGCUACAAAUGCAAGGUGUCACCAAAUUCCUUUUGACACCAGGGGCAACAGAAUGUUAAAACUUAAUGACACAAAGGAACCUGUUGAAUUUAAAUCAAACCAAUGGUUUGGUGCUACAGUAAAGGCUUACAAAGCACAAGUUGUGGCAUGUGCUCCCCUCUACCAGUGGAGAACAUUAACUUAUGUUCAAGAAAAGGACCCUGUUGGCACUUGUUAUGUGGCAACUCAGAAUUUCAGUUCCUAUUUUGAAUACUCCCCAUGCCGUAAUGCUGAGAAUGGCCCAGGAGGACAAGGAUACUGUAACUCCGGUUUUAGUCUGGAUUUCACAAAGAAUGGAGAUAUAGUACUUGGUGCACCUGGAAGCUACUAUUGGCAAGGUCAGGUGAUCUCCGCAGGGGUUGCAGAUAUAAUCACUGGAUACUCCAUGCUACAAGUUAUGAGAAAUGUAACAGGGGAAAAGCAAACAGGAAUGGCCCAACCAAUCUAUGAUGAUAAUUACCUUGGGUACUCAGUGGCUGUUGGGGAAUUCACAGGCGAUUCUGAACAAGAAUUUGUUGCUGGAGUCCCUAGAGGUGCACAGAACUUUGGAUAUGUUGCAGUCAUUGACUCUAGUGGCAUGAAAUUCAUUCAAAAUUUCACUGGAGAGCAGAUGGCUUCCUACUUUGGGUACACAGUAGCAGUUGAAGAUAUUAAUGGAGAUGGAUUAGAUGACAUCUUAAUUGGAGCACCUCUUUUCAUGGACCGUGAGUUUGAGAGUAAUCCAAAGGAAGUAGGACAAAUUUAUCUGUUCCUACAGAAGGAUGUCCUAAAGUUUGCCUCUGCCCAGAUUCUGAAAGGAUCCAAACUGUUUGGGAGAUUUGGAAGUGCAAUUGCUUCCCUUGGUGACCUGGACCAAGAUGGAUAUAAUGAUGUUGCCAUUGGUGCUCCAUUUGCUGGAGAGGACAAAGCAGGUCGAGUGUUUAUCUACAACGGGUACAGUGAAGGAUUAAAGGUUCCGGCCUCUCAGGUUCUUUCUGGCUCUUGGGCAUCAGAACAUUCCCCCCUUGUGGGAUUUGGCUUCUCCCUUCGAGGCAACUCAGACAUAGACGACAAUGAAUACCCAGAUCUGAUAGUUGGAGCAUUUGGAGCAGGAAAAGCUGCUGUUUACAGAGCCAGACCCGUGGUCACAGUGGAGGCACAAUUACUCUUGGAUCCAGUAAUGGUGAAUCCAGACCAGAAGCAUUGCCAGAUACAGGAAACAAACAUGGCAGUAUCUUGCUUCUCUGUAAAAGUCUGCACAUCUGUAACAGGCCAAGGAAUACCAGAUACUGUUGUUUUGAAUGCAGAACUGCAUCUGGAUGUAUUGAAACAGAAAGGAGCGACUAAGCGCACCCUCUUCUUAGAUCUUCAUGAACCACAUCGUGCCUUUACUCUACUAACAGGAAAAAGGAAGUUGCAUGUCUGUAGAAAUUUUACUGUGUACUUGCGUGAUGAAACCGAGUUCCGUGAUAAACUGACUCCAGUCAACAUUAGUUUAAAUUACAGCCUCAGUGAUUCGGCUCCUUUGAAUGAUCUGGCCCUGAGACCAGUGCUGAACUAUUAUGGUGAAACGUUCAAGCAGAAUCAGACCUAUAUCCAAGUGGACUGUGGAACAGACAACAUCUGCAUCCCAGAUUUAAAACUUUCAGCAACUGUGGAUAAACAGCAGUUAAUCAUUGGAGAAGACAACCAGCUGACACUCAUAGUAACUGCACUUAAUGAAAAGGAGGGAGCCUAUGAAGCUGAGCUGCAUGUCACAAUCCCACCAGAAGUUGACUACAUUGGGACAGAACGCAACAAUGAGGGUUUCCAUAAAAUGAGCUGUGAGUAUAAGAUGGAGAAUGUGACCAGAAUGGUAGUUUGUGACCUCGGAAACCCCAUGGCAGCUGGAACAAAUCUUUCUCUGGGAUUGCGAUUUGCUGUCCAGCGUUUGGAAGAAGCAGACCCAAGCAUCACAUUUGACCUACAAAUCAAAAGUUCCAACAAAGAUAAUUCAACAAGUAAUCUCGUUACUGUACCGGUGUACCUUAAUGUUGUGGCUGAGGUAAACAUAAGAGGGGAGUCACAUCCAGCACAGAUUGCCUUGCCACUCUAUAAAUGGGAGCCUAAAGCAAACCCCAAAAAAGAAGAGGAUAUCGGGCCCCUCAUUCAGCAUAUUUAUGAGCUUCAUAACCAAGGGCCAAGCACCAUCAGUGAUACUAUACUAGAAGUAGACUGGCCCAACAAGAAUCAAGAUGAGUUCCUUCUGUAUAUAAUUCAUAUGCAGACAUAUGGACCGAUGAAGUGCCAAACAAGCCCUGCAAUUAAUCCACUACAAAUUGAGGCCUUACCAGACACACCAGAACUCAUUGGCUUUCUGCGCAACUCCACUGCUCUGCAUGCUAUCCGAAAGAGGAGUACACCAGCAGGAGAUCUUCAGAAGACUCACCCUGCAAAAAUACUAGACUGCAGCAAUGUUAACUGCUUGAAAAUAUCGUGCAAAGUUGGAUUAUUGGAACAAGGACAGAGUGCAGUGCUCAAACUGAGGUCAAGAUUGUGGGCCCAAACAUUUUUAAAGAGGAAAAACAGCCAUUAUUCUCUUAGUGCUGUUGUUUCAUAUGAAGUGAAGAAAAUGCCAUACAAAAUUAAGCUGGACGAACUGCCCAGGGCAAGCACUGUGAUAAAAACUCUAGUAAUAUGGGCCACUCCAAAUGUUUCUUUCUCAAUUCCUCUCUGGGUAAUUAUUUUGGCUAUUCUGCUAGGGCUCCUGGUGCUGGCAAUUUUGACUUUAGUAAUGUGGAAGUGUGGUUUCUUUGACCGAGAACGGCCCCCAGAAGAUGACUUGCUAGACAAAGGACAGCUGACAUCUGACAAAGAAUGCUGAUGCAUGAGAAUAAGAAUCAAAAUAUUUGCAAACUGCAGAGUGUGCAGAAUAAAAUCACAGUAAAAGCACAUGCUGUUAAGACAAAUGCAAGACAAUUCAUUCAUGCAACCUUAUCUUCAAUCAAGCUGCCUUAAAAUUACCUGUGUUAAUUCAUCCUGCCAAGAACCAGGUGCAUAAAACUGUAAUAGCCUAUGAGUUUCCAUCCUGGCAGGUGGUCAGUUUUGCAUGAAAUAUCCUUUUACAGAAAGAGCUGGUACUCUGAACAUUUAAAAGCAAUGAACUUCAGCAUGGCACUUGGGUUCACAAACUCUUCCAUUCUACGAAGAAACCACCUUUACCCUUGAAAGCUGAAAAGAUGUCCACCAGCAGAAAAAGCAUUAUCCCAACUUUUGUAGAUAUUGAGUGCUACUCCAGUUUUUUCUAGAUUUGCAGUAAUUCAGACCCUGAACUACACUCGGUCUCAUGCAAUCAGGUCUCAGGGAGAUAAGCAAUACUCUGAUAGUAUUCCUUAGGUACUAUUCAGCUGUUGCAUGAAUGACAAGCAGUUGUUUUACGUCAGUUGGUAAAGGGCGAUUUUUUAGGUAUUGUGCAGCUCUGUUCCUAAAUGCAGUUGCAUAUUUUACUUUGUAGUUAAAAGGUGAUGUAGAAUAAUUUCUGAAGAUGAUUUUAUAUAUAUCACAGCAAUGAAGACUUUUUGUUUUAGAAUUUGAUAUGUAGUUGCUAAUCACUGUUUUGGGUGCUAGGUAGUCACCACUAUUAAUCAAUCAAUAUUGGAAGUUGUCCAUAUCUUCUCUAAUAUCCACAGCCUAGAUUACAAGAUAAAGAAAAUGUCUGGCUGUCAGAAUUUAACUAGGAGCAACUCAAACAAAAUGAGUUUGAAUUUCUUCCUGCAAUGUUUAAUGGCACAAAGUAUAUUUGGUGUAAUACAACACAACACAAGUUGGCUUCUCUGAUAGGCCAUUUGAUGGUUUACUAUCACUAGACAGAACUGCAGUUUCUGAAAGUCAAAUGUUUGCAAAAAUUUGACUGAAAAGCAAUUGACUGAAAAUCCAUUUGACUAAAAACACACUUGUAUAAAAUACGUUUGACUGAAACCCAUUUCACUGAAUCCCAAAUUAUAGAAAACAUUCAACAUAAGAAAAUACAGCAUAAAACAAUGUUUUUGUAGGGAUGGCAAGCCUCCCUGCGCCCCAUGUGGGGGUCUUUGCCUACCACACCCACUUUAAUUAUAUAUGUACUAAAUCUGUGGUUGUAUAACCAUUUGAGAAAACAAAAAAAAAAAAAACACCAAACACAGUGAAUUAGUGUUGGUGCACGAAAACACAUACAUCUGGGGAUGCAACAUGUUGGGGGCAUUGCCAAUCCAAUUUUUUAUCAUUUGUGAUUCAGUGAAAUGGGUUUCAGUCAAAUGGCUCUUCACUCAAAUGGGUUUUCAGUCAAUUGCUUGUCAGACAAAGUGUUUCAACCAUUAAGAUUCAAUCAACUGCAGUUCUUUCAAGUGAUAGUAAACUCAUUUGAUACAUGGGUUGGAAAGUCAAAAAUAAGUAACAUUUGGUAGCCAGCACUCCCAACCAUAUCACAUCUUGUGUUGGCUGCUAUUCACUUUGUCGACUAUAUACUGUAGAAAAGGGUCAACAUUAGGCAGGUCCAGUACUACCACAUAAAGUUUGUUAAUGGAUCAUGACAGUAACCGUCUGCCUAUAGUGCCAGAGCACUAUUUUGCAUGCAGAAUAAUAGCACAACUCAGUCGGGCAAUAUUUUGUUAUGAAAACACAUUUUACAAAUAGAAAAACAGAUUUUUGUUGUCAUCUGCAAGCUGUAUAAUUUCUUUAUAUACAAGGUUGUUUUAUAUAGUUAAAAAAUAAACACAUAUCCACUGUACAGAUUUUCCAUUCCACUUAACAUUAAUUUGCAGGUUAUGAUUUUUAGCUGCAUUUUUAUUUUUAAAAGACAUGAAGGUCAUCUACUCCUCUUUGUAACACAAACACAUUCUUAUUAAUCUGUAUUUGGCUCCAAUGCUUGGGUUAUUUCUUGAAGUUUGGAAAACACUCUGUAAGACAAAAGAUUGCAAUAGAUUUUGUGUAAAAUUAAACCUAAGGCACCUGACCCCUUGGUAUGGAGGGAUGAAUCCCUGACUAUGACCCAAGCAACCUGUAUUUGAUUAGUGGCAUGAGCGCUAGACGGGUUGGAUCAGGAGGAUAGGAAUGAGUAACUGUCAUUGGCUCACCAGUCCUAAGGGGGGGGGGGCAGUUCUAGUUCACCACUUGAAUGACACCAAACAGAAGACCUGAGUGUUCUAUUCUGUGGGUACAAGCGUGCCGAACAUACACUGCUUGUGCUGUACACUGUCAUGAUGCAGGCAGCACUAUCCGGACCUGAAGGGAGCUACCAUGGGGAUCGCUUUAUAGAAAGGGUAGGCAGCUGUGUCUAUCUUGUUACUGAUCACCUUAUGCUUGCCCCAUGGAGAUCAAAUGAGGUGAUGAGGAUCCUCUGCAAGAAAAAAGGGGCCUUAGUGCCCUUGCUUAACCCAGGGAUGCCUGGCGCCCACCCCGUCAUGAAUGAAUGAUCUGACUGGAUGAAAGCAGAUGAGCCACUGAGCAGGUCCCACGUCCAUGUUUCACCAAUUGAUUGCUAAGUCAUUCUCCAUCUUGAAAUAGUCCCAUAACCUUUAUACUUGUACCAGUCAUCUCUUCUUUUCUCAACAUUUUGAGGCUUGCGUCUAAUUUAAGCUGGUAGUUUUUCCUGCAUUGCUCCUGCUUUGUCUUUUAGAAGCUGAGCUCUCCUUAUCCUAAGCAACUUGUCACUGCAGACUGCCUAAUUAUUGUUUCUAGUACAGCUAUCAUAAAAUGAAUGUCCAAGGUCAUUUUCUUAAGCUCAUCAUUCAGGCUUUGCUAAACCCAAAGCAGGUGAUCACAAACAGGUGAUAAGGAAUAGAAAAUAUAUUUAGCUUCCUCAGUCUUUCUUUGCAGUCUAGCCCAUUUACUAAACCUCUGUGUUUUAUAUAGAAUUUUCGGAUUUUUUUUCACUUAUUUAUAUCUUCAGUGGGAUAGAAGCAAAACCAUUUCCAUGCUCUAAGAAUGAUCUUACUUUUUAAAUUUGGGAAUAAGCACAGAAUAACUUCUUGAUGAAAAAGAUUAAAGGAUACGUAACAUUAUACCAGAUAAUUUACUAGUUUGUUUAUUGGCAAAGUUUGCCCAUUUCAUAUACUCUAUUAUCAUAACACUUAAGUCCUCAUAUAAAUGUGUUUUUGUUAUUAAUUAAUUUUUUCAAGACAAAUGGAUAUUCAAUAUUGCUGCCCCCCAUGUAGUAACGUAGUAAUUUUACAAUUAAAUAAUUUAUUUGCUGUGCUGGGGCGGGAUCAAGAUAACAGGCAAAAAUUCUACACAGAGCAUUUCUCAUUGAACAAGAAAUUAUUAUUUUAUUAUUGUAUCUUUAAUGACUGGUCACUUUUUUUAGGCUAGGCUUUUUCCCUUCCAAAAUAUACCAUGUGACUUCAACUUUAACUGUAUUAGAGUGCUUAUAAGCACUAUUUAUAAACUAAAAUGAAGUAAAGAAUAUGAUAUAUAUAUAUAUAUAUAUAUAUAUAUACACGUUAUUGCAAAUUAUGUUAAAUUAUGUACUCAAAGUAAACUUAGUGCAAAAUAACACAGAAUGAUAAUUGAUAAUAUAAAAUCAGACACUAGAAAAUACAAUUUUUGCGCAUUGCUCUCUUGCAGGUUGUUUUGUCUGUUCACUUUGAGUGGUAGUACUCAUCAUUACUUUACUUUUACACUCCCUGCAGUCUGCAUCUGUUUAAAGGUCACUCUGGCUGUUUUAUACUCAUUGCCAUCCUUUUAAAUGCAGUGUAAGAAGUUUAUUUUAAUGUAUAAACAGUCCUUAAAGUAUUUUUUUCGUAAAGGUUAGACCUAUUUAACUACAAAGUCUCUUCACCCCUCUUCAAUCUUUUUGUCAGGCAGUGCUCUUAGUUUUAGUAGCAUUCUGGUCUUAGCUGCUAUGUCAGAGGUGAGUGACACUGGAGUGAAGUACACAUCUGUAUUUGCCAUAGACUUAAUAGAUUAAUGGUUCUAGGAGAGGAAAAGAACUGGGGAAGGAACACUUUACUGUAGUGCCUUUUCAUGGUCCACAUGAUCUUAAAUGUGGUGAUCGAUAUAAUGCAAGACUCCAAGAACAAAUGUAUAAAAAACAAUGUCAAGAGCAUCGGCACAAAACAAGGGAUGGAGUGCAAUGGAAACGUGAAAUACCACGCAAAGGAAGUAGCAGUUAAAUCACACUUUGGCAACUUAUGGAUCAUUUCAAAGAGGAAGAAAUGAUGAGAGAAAUAUGUAGGAUAUAGUUGUUUUCACUGUACUUCUCUGAUUUUAUUCAUUCCCUUGCCUUUCCCUGCUAUCAUGAAAUACUGUGGAGCUAUUUAUUUAUUACACAUUGUUACUAGGAAUGACCAACUCAGAAAUUUCACUUCAGAGGACUCCUGGAGAGAAAAGCUCCAAGUCACAGUACAAACAGAAAGAAUGAACAUCAAAAUCUAUGCCUGGCAUGGAAGGCAUGCAGGGAUCCCACUCUGGUGGACCAUGUGAAUAUCCACAAAAGAAACACAUGAUCCAGGGGCAUAAACCUUGCUUGUGACAUAAAUAGGACAUGCCGGAGGGACAGGUAUGUGUAUGAGAAUACCCCUUCUUUAAAAUAGGCUUCCCAUCCAUGUGAAGCACAGUUCUUUCCUGAGACUAUUCAAGCAUAACUUGGAUCAGUGGAUGUUACAUUCACCUGUGGUCUGUCACCUACAUCACUACUGGGUAGAGACGACCUGUAAAUGUUUUACCACCCAUGCUCUAGCUUACACAUACCCCUAAAAAUAACCUCUAGGGCAGUAAACAUGAUGGAUACAUUUGGGAAGCAUCGCUAGGCUUAAAAAGGCCCUUGUGUUCGUUAGUGUAGUAUAUACCUAUGAACCUAUAAAAUAACUGCAUAGAAAAUUAUAACAUAAAUGGAAUAAUGUCUAAGAACAACAUCAUAAAGAGAAGCAUCCAGUUUGUCAAGUACCUGUAUAUUGAUACAGUGAAAUGCACAUUCAAGUUGUUUAAUUGCAGCACAAAUAAAUGCACAUACAAUAAAGACAAGUUCAAGCCUGUGAGAAGACUAACACUUUAACAUAAAAUAACUUCAGUAAGACAACAAUAUGACCAUUUGGUAUAAUGGGAGAAGUAAAGGGGAUGUAGUCAAAUAACAGGAGGAUUACUCACAGAGCUUCAUUCAUUCAUUUAUUCAGUCAUUCAUAUAUUCUUUGAUUCAGAUGAUUCAUCCGACACAGGGUCACAUGGAAACUGGAGCCUGUGAUGGCACUCAGUAGGUACAAGACAUAUGGGGUAUUAAUAUGAAUAAUCACACUUUGUUUAAUCAAAAUUAGAUUAUUCCACACCAAAUAAUUUAUGGCCAUGUCAGUUCACUACUCAAAACAGCAACACUUCCAAGGUCGCAAAACAGAAAGAAAACUAUUUUUUCCCCAGUGACAAACCCCUCUGCAAUCCUAACAUAAAUGCAAGCCCCUAUAUCCUCAAUCUGUGUACUAAUACACCAAUUACAAGAUCACAAAAACCUUGGAGAAAAGGGAGAAAAAUAUAAACAAUGAUCUUCCUUUAAAUGCCAUUGCAAGACUCUGGCAACCUUCCUGCCCUUUCUUUGCAUCAAAAAAAAUAUAUACUUCUGAAUAUCACUGCAGUAAGACAAAUGAAUUGCUUUCCUUUAUAAGAGUUUUACUGAUAAAGAAAUAAAUUGUGCAUGUACAAAUUUUCCUCAUAGCAAAAUUCUGCCAGCACAACUGGGGUGGAGGAAACACAAGAAAACCAGUAAUGGGGACAUGAAUGCUAAUUCUUCACAUAAACAGUACGGACUAAUAGCAAGAAUAAAUAUGUUAAUUCUUCACUUAAAAACUUCAGGUAAUUACAACUUAUGUGAAUCAAAUUGAUGAAACAGCCAUAAUUUAUGAAAGUAUGUAAAACACUUAUGUGGGUUGCAGUAUAUGUUCAGAGCAAAAGCAUCGCUCACCUGUCAGUAUAUUCCUAAGGUUGCUCAAGGGAGGAAGCAAUGCAGCAUAAAUGUUUUUUAAUAAUGUUGUUUGCCUGUGCAUAACUGUUCCAUUUGCAUGUCAUCAGAUGCGAUUCUGUGUCAUGCAGUACCAGAUCAUCAACUUCCACCUUUAGAUAUGUUUAAAGCUCUGCUAUAUCCUUUUGUUUUAUGCAGCUUAUCUGACAAAAAGUGUCUACACCAAACAUGUGAAGAGAACCCAUUUAAGAAACACAAGUCAUACUUAGAUAUUGAAAGACUUGACAAGGUGCUUCUUCUAAGUUGGUUUGUUUUUUGUCAUUAAAUGGUUAUUCCCACCAUCUUCAUAAAAUUGCAUAUUGCAAGGACAUCGAAGAAAUCAACAGUACUGGUCAAAAGAUUCUUUCUAUUGUUACUUAGAAUGUAUCUUUACAUUUUUAAAUUGCUGAUUUAUUAUUGUUUUAUCUGAUUCCUUGUACAAACAUAAAUUUUCACAGAUUGCGAUAUAUAAUAGAGACUUUAAACAAAAAAUUUCGUUUAAAGUGAUAUAUCAUAAUUAUUUCCAGCCAAACUUGAGAUGAUAUGACAUUCCUCCCAGCAAAAAACAUAUAUUACUAUAUUGAUUUUAUGACUACAUGGAACCAUUGAUUAUAUAUGUGCAAUAUUUUUAUAUAUUUAUGUAAAUGAAGCUUGUUUACACUGGCAAUAGUUAUUUUUGAAUUUGAGCGCUAGCAGUUUUUGUAUAUAGUGUUAGUGAGUACAAUAGGAUUUAGAAUGUAUGCAGUUUGACUUUGUGGCAGUAAAUGCUUGCAUUUGUUACUGACAAACAGUUCUUUUCAUUUACAGUCAAUAACUGUCCUCUCUACUGUAGUAUGAUUACACCAUAUGCAGGUGAGUUGUGGCAAAACUAUAAUUUGAAUUUGUGAGGCUGGUCCACUCAAACCUUGCAGCUGUUAGACAAUGUGGGUGCUCCAGUCUUGAUGAGCUGUAUUCACUAUGUGCCACAUAAUUCCAGCAUUCAUAGCUCUCAAUCUCUUUGUAAUACUCUACAUCCUUACUAUGCAUGUUGAUAAGUGUGUAGAUCGUACCAAAGAGCAAAGCAAACAAUAUUAGAGGACUUCUAACAAAAUGGCCUCAAACAAAUGACUCCAGCGAGCUAGAUGGAUAAUGAUGCUAUCUCAAACACAAACACAUUUCUUAAAUCACUCUUUUUGUCUCAAAAUUAAAAAUGGAAAACUGCAUUUACAGACAGUUUGCUGCCUAGGGGGCCAGAUCUUUAGUCAGCAGAUUCAUCUGGUCCCUUGGGUAUUCUAGGAACUAUACAAGAUAAACAAAGUUGGAGUAGAUGAAGUUACCACCUCCAGUGGAGCUCCGAAUGGCUGCAUUCUAACCUCCAGUGGAUGUAUCCAAAUAUUUUGACAAAAUCAAGUUAGGAACUCAUAGUAGAAAGAAAUGCUCAUAUCUCUAUAACUGAAAAUGUUACUAAACAAGUGUAGACGCUAGUGUUUUAAGUACAAACUCAUUUUUACAGUGGCAGCAUUCCCUGGAUUCUAAAUUGUAAGCUCUGUUUCAUAAAUCACAAUAAACAUAGUAAAUAUUCUAUUUUUUAAUGUUUUGUAAAUUACUCUGAAUAGCUCGGUAAUUGAUCAAACUAUACACAUGCUGCCAGUGUCAUUUUCUUCAUACAGAGAAGCAGCUUUCAUGUGAGGCUAAGCAGUUCUGUCUGUAUAGGUUGGUUGUUGAAAUAUUUACGAAAAUAUGAAAAUUAUGAUAAAGUCAAUAGUAGGUAUGUACACAAUGCUUAAUAUCCCUCUAGAUAUGCAAGAUAUUUGUAAUAGUGUUGUCCAUUGUGUAAUCUUUAAUCUUUAAAAAGAAAUAUUUUAAUAGCUUGUAUAGCAUUGUUUUGAAAUUAUUAAUGUAAAUGUGAACAAAUAAAUAUUAGACGCCUAGAAACAUCAAUUAGCCAGUUGAAAAAACACAAGUGGCACAGUGCUGACCAGAUCAAACCUCCGAAACACAAUAUCUGCACCAACAGCAAACAAAGUUGAAUAAUUUUAUUAAAAUUGAGCGCUUUCGGUAGAGAGCAUUCUCCCCACCUUCAUCAAAUUAUUCAACUUUGUUUGCUGUUGGUGCAGAUAUUGUGUUUCGGAGGUUUGAUCUGGUCAGCACUGUGCCACUUGUGUUUUUUCAACAGUUUAUCUUGGCGUCUCACUUUGUGAAGUAUCAAUUAGCCAGUCAUAGAUACAUACCUGUAGGCAUCACUAGGGUUUAAUGAGUAAGUUAUUCAGGAGAUAUUUAUGAAUUGUGCAUAAAGACAUUUAAUGGAAAAAUUCUGUCUAGGGAUUACUGCAAGGGCUAUAUCUCCCUACCAUGAGAUAUGGCAACACCGAAUUAGAUUACAAUUGAUGUCACUGGCUCAAGAUGCAGGGUAUGAUGCCUUGCAUGUUAGAACAUCAGUAGGUUGUGUGUUUGAUUGUCUUAGUCUGGCAAUUACUAUAGAGGAUUAAAGCUUUAAACAAGCUGUUCUUGUACUCCAGGGCUGGAUUCCAUCAGAUUCCAUCUGCCUACUGUGUGAGUUAGAACAAAUCACUUAACUAGACAGUUGUUGGGGCAACUGGGAAAUUGGGAUGGCUCCUCAAUGGUGCCCUGAACUGCAUGUCUAAUAACUACUGAUGAACAGGGGUUCAGGGAGCACAGUCCUCACCAUGGAAGUUUGAAGAGACAUGGACCUCUUAUAGAAAAAAAAUACUUGCUGACAUUCUUCUGAAUGGAUUUGACUGAGGCUUCAGUUAUAUUGUUCAUUAUUCCAGGAAUUUGACUUCAGACUGGUGCUCCGGACUCGGAUGAAAUUAAGCAACUACUGUAACAUCCUGACCAUGUGACACUGUUGCCUUCUGCCAUCCACCCCUAACCAAAAACCUAGAAGUGGAAUUCUUGAGAAAAAUGCCUGACAACCAGCCUACAAUAUGGAGACAUGCUUAGUUGUGUAGCUGAAGUGAUGAAAAUGUAACCUGAAUGCCUUUAGAUAUGGUUUCCCUAAGGUAGAUACAAAAAUCGUCUGAGCAUUUCAGUGGGCCAGACCAUAAAUAUGUAAAAGCCUUUUCUUUUUACAUUUGUGCUUCAGAGGUAUGUUAACCUCAGUAAUUUCAUGCAUUAUGUCAAAAGAGAUGUUAAGUGCAUCUGCCACUAAUGACGCUUAUAUGAAUUUUGCACAGAGUAAAAUGCCUGUGCAAGAAAAAACACUUUAAGCUACUUUGAAAAUUACAUUUGAGACAGAUGUUUACUGGAUGUCUUAUUUUGUAUACACUGGCACAUAGGAACAAACUGCAUUUUUUGAAUCAUGACAUGAAAUUUGUUUGUCUCUUGUAAACUUCUAUUUCAUCUGAUCUUUAACAAAUAAACAGAAGAUAAAAAGAG